AAUAUAUAUAUACACACACACCCUCGAACAUAAGACCCGUUAUUACUUAUUAAACACAGAGAAUUGAGAAAGGGGGAAAUAAAACGCGAGAAUGAACUUGGGGCAGGUGCACAUGAAUGGAGGUGAUGGAGAAACAAGUUAUGCAAACAACUCAUUUUUCCAGGAAAAGGCAAUUUCUUUGACAAAGUCUAUAAGAGAGGAAGCCAUAAUUAGCCUCUUCUCCAAGACACUUCCUAGAAGCAUUGCAAUUGCUGAUUUAGGUUGUUCUUGUGGACCAAAUACUUUGUCUGUGAUAUCGGAAAUUAUCAUCGUUGUCGAGAAGUUUUGCCAAGAAUUGAAUUGCUCAUCUACCGAAUACAAGAUUUUUUUUAAUGAUCUUUCAGGGAAUGACUUCAACAGCGUGUUUAAGUCACUUGACAAUUUUAAAGUGAAACUACUUGAUGAAAUUAUCAAAACUGAAAUGGGUCCUUGUUAUUUCUUUGGAGUUCCCGGAUCUUUUUAUGGUAGAAUUUUUCCUGAUCGAAGUCUAGAUUUCGUGCAUUCGUCAUACAGUCUUCAUUGGCUAUCAAAGGUUCCCGAGGGUCUAGAUAACAAGGGAAACAUUUACAUUAGUAACACAAGUCCCUCAAAUGUUGUCAAAGCAUACUACAAGCAAUUUCAAAAAGACUUCUCAAUUUUUCUCAAGUGUCGCGCAGAGGAACUAGUUGAAGGGGGUCGAAUGGUACUAACGAUCAUUGGAAGAAGAAAUAACGAUCCAUGUGACACGGAAUAUUUAUGCGACGAUUGGGAGGUUUUGGCUACUGCUCUAAAUGAUAUGGUAUUACAGGGGUUUAUAAAGGAAGAUCAAGUAAAUAAUUUUAACAUUCCUCAUUAUUAUCCAUCUCCAUAUGAAGUUGAAUUGGAAGUUCUCAAUGAAGGAUCAUUUGUCAUCAAUCGCAUAGAGUUGUUUGAAACAGAUAUAAGUGCUUCUAGUGAUAAAAGUGAUUUUGAUAGUGAAUCUAAAAUGUCUCGAUUAUUACUUUGUGACAAGAUUGGAUAUAAUGUCGCACGUUGCAUGAGAGCUAUUCUUGAACCUUUACUAGUUAGCCACUUUGGUGAAGCUAUCAUUGAAGACAUUUUUAAUCGUUACUUGGAAAUUUUGAUUGAUCAAAAACCCAAGGAGAGAAAGAAUUCUGUUAAUGUUACCAUAUCAUUGACAAGAAAGGGAUAGUAUAAGCAGAUGUGGAUUGCCGACAAUCAAUGCAGCUACCCACCGUUAAUAAAAGAUGGAAAAUGAUAAUUUUUAGGUGAAUUCUUCGGUACACGUAUUAUGUGGAAGUGUACCAGUACACUGCUGAGGUGGCAAACAUUUAAUGCAUAUUUUAUUUCUUUAUUAAGUUUUCUAUUUUAAACACUACUUUUUAAUAUUUGCAAAUGUAUCAUUCACAUUAAUAUAAUCAUCAAUCAUGUUCCACAAUAAAUCAAAGCAUAUCAAAUCUUUCAACCUAGUUUUUUUUUUUUUAA